AUGCGUCAGGAGGCACCCUCGAAGAUUUUAAUCAAGAAAACUGGAGGAAAAUUAGUGGAAUACGAUGUGCAAAGGUAUACUCGGAUGAUUGUUAAAGGGCUUCGCUGCAUUCAUGAAAAGGGUUACGUACAUUGCGACCUGAAGCCAGCAAAUAUUCUUGUUUUUCGUUCCAAAGCUGGUAGAGGCAAUGCUGUUAAGAUUGCUGAUUUUGGAAUAUCGAAAAUUACGAGAGAGGAGUAUGGUUUUGUGAAUAGAAAGUUUUGCUUUCGGGGAACUCCUAUAUAUAUGUCUCCAGAAUCUGUUGCAUUAGGUGAAAUUGAAGCUCCUCUGGAUAUAUGGUCUUUGGGAUGUACGGUCAUUGAGAUGAUUACUGGAAAGCAUGUAUGGAAUUGUAAAGGUCUAGAAGACUUAAUGUUUCAAAUUGUUUUUGGAAAGGAGCCACCCAAAAUACCCGAAACUAUGUCAGAACUUGGGAAAGAUUUCUUGAGGAAGUGUUUUGUAAGAGAUCCCAGAAAGUGGUGGACUGCUGAGAUGCUACUGAACCAUCCUUUUAUCAGUGAAACUGAAUGUUUGACAUCUACAAAAAUUCGCCUUAUUGGUUGUUCUUCAUCAAUUUCAAGGAGACUGUCUUCCUCAGAAACUUUGCUUCCUCCUCCUGGAUUUUCUGCUUUUCCUUCAGUGCUGCCUGGGCAUGCCCAGUGUUAUGGUAACUGGCAACUUGGAUGGGGUUAUGGACAAUGA